AUGAUUCGAAUAGUGAAAAUAACAGCAUUCAGUUUACUACUAUUGAGUCUUGUAACACCUAUAAAAGCAUUCAAUUUGAAUGAUCUUGGAAAUUUACUAGCAAGAGCUGAUUCUGUAGUAAAUCAAGUUGAUCAGUUCACAGACCAUCAAACAUAUGUUCAAAGAAUUCUUGCAAUUUCAUCAUCAACCACGUCAAUAGUUUUCUGUUCAGCAUCAAUUUAUUGUUUCUUCGCUAUUGAUCCAAGAAGAUUAGUUUUCAGACAUCAGUUAAUAUUCUUUCUUUUAUUCUUUGAUUUAAUGAAAGCUUGUAUUUUAUUAUUAUACCCAGCAAGAGUUUUGACUAAUUAUUUAGCAUAUUUUAAUGCUAAAUUUUGUCAUGUAGUGGGAUUCUUUACAGCAACAGCUAUUGAAGGAGCUGAUUUUGCUAUCUUAACAUUUGCCAUUCAUACUUAUUUAUUGAUUUUAAAGACCAAUUUAAAUGUUAGAGUUGGGAAUAGUAGAAGAAUUGAAGGUGGUUUGUAUAUUUAUAGAUUUUAUGUUUAUGGUAUUUCAUUUUUAAUACCAUUAAUUUUAGCUAGUUUAGCUUUCGUGAAAAAUGAAGGUUAUCAAUCAUUUGUUUGUUGGUGUUAUUUACCUCAAUAUCCUGUUUGGUAUAGAAUGGUUUUAAGUUGGGUACCUCGUUACUUGAUUUUAUUAACAAUUUUCUUUUGUUAUGCAUCGAUUUAUUAUCAUGUUAUCAAACAAAUAAGACAUUUAGGUGGAGUUUUCACAACUACAAGUAAGAAAAAAUUCACCGAUAUAAGUGAAAAACCUUCAUUCUUUUCUGCAUUAAAGUAUUUUUUAAAUACUAUAAAACGUAAAAUAUUACCUGAAUUAACUUUACCUGAACCGAACAAAGAAUUUAAAGAAGAUGUUCACCCUCACAGAAGUAAUUCCAGGAUGUCCAAGGAACAUGGUGAUAAUUAUGGAGCAGAUGAUGAAAAUGAUGAUGAUGAUGAUUUAGAAGAUAUUGAUGAUGUCCUGUCAAGUGAUGAUGAUAUUAGUGAUCUUGAAGAUAUGGCUGAAAAUGAUGAAGGCAAUGUUGGAAGUUCUACUCAUCAAAGUCCUAUCAAUUAUAAUAUCAACACGACUAUGACCACUUCCAACUCUAAUUUGGAUAAUCACGGUACUGAUAUUCACUUAGAAAAUUUGAAAAACUUCAAAAAACGUCAAAGAAUCAUCAAGAAGCAAAUGAAAUCGAUUUUCAUUUAUCCUUUAGCAUAUGUGUUCAUCUGGUUAUUCCCAUUUAUCCUUUAUGUUACACAAGUCAAUUAUGAAAGACAUCAUCAACCUAUAUAUUUCCUCAAUUGUUUGGGGGCUUUUAUGCAACCAUUUAAUGGAACUGUUGAUUCUAUUGUGUUUUUCAUCAGGGAAACUCCUUGGAAAUACACUGCUAUGAAUAAAUUCAAACGUGAUCAUUCUGAAAGAAUGGAUUCCCUUUUGAAUAGACAAUAUCACGACCAAAGACAAAAUCUGCAUACUAAUCGUGACAGUAGAGGUAGUUUGGGUUUGAGUAGUCAUCAUAAUCCUUCUAUUAGCCACAGUCAUCGUCAAAGUUUAAGAAGUCAUUCUUUAUAUGAUUCAUCUAUCUCAAAUAAUACCAACAGUAGAAGUGGGAGUGGAGUUGGUAGAUCUGAAUCAUUUAGUCAUCAUAAUCAUUCAUUAAGUGCCAAUUUGAAUGUUGACUUAUCAAGAUUCAAAAAGUGGAGAUUCUUCUUGAAUGAUUUGAAUUUACCUUUAUUCCAAUUACCUACAGAAAAGAAUCUCACUAAAUUACAAGAUAAAUUCAUUUCGGAAAAAUUACAUGAAAAUCAAGAUAUCGAAUUAACUGAUAAUCAAGAUAUUGAAAUGAGUGAACAAAAACUUGAUUUUUCCAAUGUUUUACAAGGUAAUUUGGUUGAAGAUGAAUUCAGAAGUACUUUAGAGAAUUUCUCAUUGAAUUUCAAUGAUGGUUCGAAAACUCAAGGUAAAAGAUUAAGUAAUUCAAGUCUUAAUCAUACUACCGUCAAUUCUUCACCUCAUAACAGAAAGAACAGUUUUUCCAGUAAAUCAUAUAGAUCAAGACAAUUCUCAGUUGAUCCCAAUGAACCAGUGAUUAUUGAAGGUAAAUUAUAUGAUUCUGGAGAUUCAACCUCAUCACCCAACACCAAGAAUUCUCCCACAAAUUCCAAUUUCCCUCAUAGACCAACAAGAAACAGUUAUAACUCAGGUAAUACUUUAGCAAUUUUAAGAGGUAACUCUGGUAGUUCAACACCAAAUAAAAAGUUAAGUAGAGGAACGUUAGAUACAAGAACUUCAUUAACUGGUAAUGAUGAAUCUGAUGGAGAAAUGGAUUUCAUGGAAUUUUUAAAGAAAGGUCCACCAUAA